GCAAUGGCAUCAGUUCUUCUGAGUACAGAAAGCAACACAGACCACUUACAAAAUGAUGAAGCUGGUGGUGUUGUCCUGCCUGUUGGCCGCCGCGUCUGCCGGCGUUAUCUCUGCUUACUCUCCCUACGCUGCAUACGGCGCUAUCGCCUACAGUGCGCCCAUCAUCGCCCCCAGCAACUACCGAGGACCCCUCUCCCUGGCCCCCGGUCAGCCCGCCAACAUCCUGGCCGCUGACGGCAGGCCCCUGGACACCUUGGACGUCAACCUGGACCGCGCUGCUCACCUCACUGCCAAGGCCUUGGACGGUGGAGUCCACCUUCUGAAGAAGCGCUCCGCUCCUCUGAUCGCCGCCGUCGCUCCCGUGGCCCCCGUGGCCCGCGUCGCGCUGACCCACAGCUCCCUGGUUGCUCCCGGAGCCAUCGCCUACUCUGCCCCCAUCGCCACCGCCUACGGCGCUCCCCUCGCCUACGGCGCCCCCCUCAUCCACUACUAAGCUGUACUAAAGAGACCUGAUGUAAAUAUGAAAUGCAAUUAAACUAAGGUUUACAAAAA